UGAGAGGUAGAGCGAGAAAAGAUUCACUCAAGAGAUGGACCGCGAACCAGGCACGCCUCAGCCCUCGGCUGAACAGCCACGCCCUAGGCGAAGCCUGCCUGGCUUCAAAGCCCCUAUGGUGACAGGUCUUUUGUUGGCGUAUAUCUAUCUCUCUUGGGUGAUCCAUUACUUUUCUGUCGUGCCUACACAAGACCCUCAGCCAAGCUUUCAAAACACAAAUGCCACUUACUACAAUGUACUGAACGUCUCCGUUAAUGCAAGCGGUGAUGAAAUCUUCCAGGGGUAUGAUCAUCAAUUAAUCAGGCUUAAAAAUGCUACUCCAGAUGCCUCUAGAAAGGCUCAUGCUCUUAAUUUCACCAGCUUGGCCACGAAAGAGGAGGCCAAACGGGCGUUCACAGUUCUAAACGGAAACCAGUCGGUGCUUGUACAAUUUUGA